UAAAUGUCAUAAGGGUGGAUUUGAGAAAUCGGUCCCACCGGUUGAGAAAACAAACUCGUGUUUCUUUCAACUCAAUUUGGUGCGUUUUUGGAACACCAGACAUGGAAGAGUUGAACGAGUCCAAGUCCUCACCCGCUUCUGCGUUCGAGAAGGACGCAUUUGAGCUGACAGUGGAAGAUGUUUAUGACAUUUCAUACGUCAUUGGCAGAGAUUUGUUGAAAAUAAUUAGUACAGGUGAGGAAGUCUCAGAUUUGCAAUUCAAAAUUGUGCGUGUUUUGGAGAUGUUUGAAACGUUAGUGAAUAAGCACAACCUAUCGCUGGAGGAGUUGAAAAUGGAACGAGACAACUUGAAAAGUGAACUGGAUAGAAUCGUGAGAGAAAGUUCUGUCGGUCAGGAAGAGCAAACACUAGGACCAAACAAACUGGUGGUAGACAUGAAAGAUCCCAACAGACCACGCUUCACAAUGCAGGAGCUGAAGGAGGUGCUUCAGGAGAGGAACCAGCUCAAGGCACAGCUAUUGGUGGCCCAGGAAGAGUUGCAGCUCUUCAAGAGUGGGAUGCACUCACAGGGCAAGCAUGCCAUGGUAAAGGCUGACCUGGAAUUUCCAUCCCCUUCGGUUCCUAACACAACAGAUGAGACUAAAGAAGAGGAACCAAAAGAGGAAAAUACCAUCAGAAAGCUGUUUUCAUUCAGGCGGAAAUGAGGACAAACGGUGUGAGAAGGACCUAAAGCAAUAACAAACGAUAAACCAAACAUUUUUAUGCA